UUUCCCAAAUUCUGAUUUGUUUUGAGUUUUGAAACCACUGAUUUCCCCUUUUACCAUAAUGACAAACUGUGGAUGCCAAAUCGGUUCAACCUUCAUAGUUUGAGUGACAUCAGCAUGGAUUUCUGCGUGCCCAAAGUCGCUGGUUUUGUGUCCCAAAUCCCUUUUUGAUACUCCAUUGAUUUCCAAUCAAUAAUUGAAUUAGGGUUUUCAAAAAGUCUUCCCUUUUUUUCUUUGUCUGUGCCUCUUUGAUUCCCCUUAGGAGCAAUCACCCUAACAGGUAGAUUGUUCACGAGGGGUAAAUCCAUACCGAAUUCUGACUGCUUGCAUUUGGGUGUCUUUUCAAAUUACAUUCUUUCUGGAAUUUGAUAUCAAUUGUAUUUUCUGAAUUGAGCUGAUAGAAUAGAAGCUCAUGGGGUUGUAGUUGUAGCCUCUAAGGAUUUUGAUUUGGGGCUUGUGGCUUGAAGAAAGUGCUCUUUUAAAUACUGGGUAUUUUUGCACAUGGCUCCAAAUCUGAGGCUAAGAUUAUGUUUUCCCGUGUAUUUUUUGUUGCUUGGUUUUCUCUUGAAUUCAAAUGGCGAAUUGGAUCAUCAAGUUUCACAUAAGGUCAUAGCUGCUCCUCGUAAAGAUGUAGGAACUAAUGUAAUUGAUGGCACUGGUGUAGAGAAUGCUUUUAAUUUUGAGAAUGGUAAUAAUGCGGUGGGUAGUAGGAAAGGUGCAGGUAAUAAGGUUUCAGUUUCAACUGUUGCGUUGUUUACCCUAGCGAUGGCAGCUGCGACUGGUUUAGGUGCUGUGCCCUUCUUCUUUGUGGAGCUUGAUCCGCAGUGGGCUGGAUUGUGCAAUGGAAUGGCUGCAGGUGUCAUGUUGGCUGCGAGCUUUGAUCUAAUACAAGAAGGGCAGGAGUAUGGUGCUGGAAAUUGGGUUGUCACUGGGAUUCUAGCUGGUGGAAUCUUUAUCUGGCUAUGUAAGAAGUUUCUUGAGCAAUAUGGGGAAGUAAGUAUGUUGGAUUUAAAAGGUGCUGACGCUGCCAAAGUUGUUCUUGUUAUUGGAAUAAUGACUCUCCAUUCUUUUGGGGAGGGAUCUGGGGUUGGAGUCUCAUUUGCUGGCUCAAAGGGUUUUACUCAAGGCCUGUUGGUAACUUUGGCUAUUGCGGUACACAACAUUCCAGAAGGAUUAGCUGUGAGCAUGGUGCUUGCAUCAAGGGGUGUCUCUCCACAAAAUGCUAUGUUAUGGAGCAUAAUUACAUCUUUACCCCAGCCCAUUGUAGCGGUUCCUUCAUUUAUUUGUGCUGAUGCAUUCAGUAAGUUUCUUCCUUUUUGUACGGGAUUUGCUGCUGGAUGUAUGAUUUGGAUGGUUAUUGCGGAAGUGCUUCCUGAUGCUUUCAAGGAAGCCUCAGCUUCACAGGUUGCAUCAUCUGCAACCCUUUCUGUAGCAUUUAUGGAAGCUCUUAGCACCUUCUUUCAGAACUUCAGCCAUGACUACAACGCUGAGGAUGCUUCUGGCUUUUUUGUUUCGUUACUUUUUGGCCUUGGCCCUUUACUUGGAGGAAUCAUUCUUGUUGUAUUUGCUCUUUCAUUGCGUCUUCAGCAUGCUCUCCUCAUGGGCACUGCAUGUGGUAUUGCUUUUGUUCUUGGUGCUUGGCGACCAAUACAACUUAUUUUGUCUUCAAAAUUGGGAUUCUUUCCUAUUUUGCUACUCCUCGCAAUUGGUGCUGCUUUCAUCCAUGUUUCUACUUCUGGUGUAUUGAAGAUGGCAACUUCCAAAAAGGCCUCAGUCAAUGACUUGCCUACACUUACCGGUUUCCCACUCAGUGUUCACACCCUUCAAUCAUUUAUAUCAUGUGGUGCAGUAGCCAUUCAUGCCUUAGCUGAAGGACUUGCAUUGGGAGUGGCUGCACCAAAAGCAUAUGGACUUGGUCGUCACAUGGUCCUUCCAGUCUCUCUACAUGGGCUUCCUCGAGGUGCAGCUGUGGCCAGCUGCAUAUUUGGAGUCACUGAUAGCUGGCAUGGCUCCCUUGCAACAGCUGCCAUAAUUGGAUUUAUGGGUCCAAUAUCAGCAAUAGGAGCUAUUCUUACUGGUAUUGACUACAGUGGCCUUGAUCACAUAAUGGUUAUUGCCUGUGGUGGAUUAAUCCCAAGCUUUGGAAAUGUAGUAAAGAGAGCUCUAAGUUUGGAUAAGAGGAAGACCACCUGUGGCCUCAUUAUGGGUAUUGGGUUUGCUACUUUAUGUCUAACAUUCACUAGGUUGGUUUGCUUACAUACACCUUACUGCAAUUCUGCACCAGAGGCUGUCAGAUAAAGAGUCUUAUGCUGCCUUUCCUGCAUCAUCUAUUGUUACUGUUCUUCUAACAGCUGUAUACAUUUCUGAAAUUCAUAUCCCAAAACAUUUGAAGAGACCCUUGAUAAAGAAACUAGAAAGAGCAAUUUCAAAUUUGGAAAUUCCCUAAGAGGGAAAGGCAAGGCAGAUUUACUAGUGACCAACGUUUUCACAUAGAACAUAUCCGUGUCAUGUUUUAGUGUUUACUUGUAUAGGCAGUUUUUACACAUGAUCUAUAUUUGCCAAACCAUGUAAAACCAUUGAGAACUGAAACAGAUGUUAUUUAUUUUAAAUUUCGAUUA